AUGGACAAGCUCAACUCUAACCUCGAGUACUUUGGAGAAGCGCUUGAGAUAUGUGAAGAACAAGGGCUCAUUCCUCUGAUGACCUUCUCUCACCACUACAACAAAGAGAUCCCUGUCUCCGAGGGCUCUGAGGACAACAUCACUCCUCCUGGUGAGUGGAAGUCGAAGCUAGUUUGGUCAAGCUCCGAAGACUCCAUCCCCGAGCCACCUCAUGGCAAGGGCAAUGCUCAAGAGGAAGACGAUGAUGAUGAAGGCGAAGAUGAAGAGGAGGAGGACAUUGAGGAGGAGGGUGAUGAGGAUGAAUAUGACGACGACAAGGAUGAUGAUGACGAGUGA